AAGGCCCAACGACGUUUGUCUUACAUCACUGCUCGUAGCCGAGGCGACUGCCCUCGGGAUUGUCGGAAAGACCGCCGUCGACAAACAUUGCCGAACUGUACAGCCUUCCGCUCUUUGCCAUCUCAUCUGGAUGACAGCUCCGGCUUUUGUCGAAGUUGAAACGCCCACAGCUCAGGCUAGUACAAAGACCGACCGCACCAACAAUCAAGAGGCUACAUCGGGGCCCGCAAAGCUUUCCCUCGAGAGCUACGUCUUUCGUGAGAUACCUCUUGUAUAUGAAAAGCUCGUGCGCAGCCCCACGGACACACUCGACUUGGAGCCCGCACCAAUCCCUUCGCUUAUUCCCACCCUCGACCAUAACCCCUCCGUCACAUGCAAGAACACAACCAGGUUCUGCUCAACAAAGAGCUGUUAAAUCGUGUCCUUAUCUAUCUCUCCGGCCGCCUGUUCCACAUGUUUCGCCAGACUGUCUACAUUGUCGUUCACGGCGGAGCAGUUAUGGUUCUUCACCCCUCCCUUUUGUGCCGAGAGAGUACGCGCGAUGUCGACUACAAUCAUAGAUCUUUUCAACUCCAUUGGGCCAAGCACGGCGUCCAGGAUGCUAGUGCGCGGCUAAGCCAGUGCAUUGAAGAGACUGCCAAGGCGUUCGGUCUCGGUGCUGAUUGGAUGAAUGCUCACGCUGAUGUUGCGUUGCCCAUGGCCAGAGGUGCCAGUGGCGAGCUUAUUGACCCUAUCUACAACGAUGCAAUGACGCGGCAGAACAUCGAACUGAACACCGUGUUCACAUCGCAAGGUCUCGUUCUAGUCGCUGUGAGCUGGUCGUGGGCAGUGGCCUUAAAACUCAUCAGGUAUCAGAAAGACGACCCGAACGACAUCGCCGCCAUCUUGAAGCUCGGCACGCACAUGCGGGGCUGUCAAUGGACAGUCGAGUUAUUCGAAAGCUGGCUCAAAAAGCUCUGCAGUGCCAUGCGCUACAAGGACUACCCGCCCUCUGAAACCCACCGGAACCGUAUGAAGAUGCAGGAUGCCAUAAGGCGAGCCCAGCAGCUGGAUUGGGGUUCGGCAGCGACAUCGUACCAGCCUCCGCCGGCUUUGGUUCAUUGUUGGUUCCAGCAGCAGGCAUCUCAGAAGACAACUGGUCUUGCUCGCUUCUCGACGGCAACUGAGGGCAUGAUCGAGCACCAGCGAAUGCUUAAUUCGCAAGAGCGGCUAGAAGCUGCUCGCUUGCGCACUCGCUCAUUCUCCGCGCCUUCAUCUACCCAUGUAUCUUCACAUUCCCGCUCUUCUUCAUCCCACUCGUCAUCCCGAGUGGCCAUGCCCACGGCACCCGUCCCUUCUGUGCCCGUGCACACAGCAACCUCCGCACCCGUCACACCGGUGUAUCACUACUAUUACAACCAUCCUCCUCAACGGCAGCGCCAUAUGUCGGUGUCUGUCGCGCCACAGCCGGCCGCGCCGGUCAUCACCACCGUUCCAUAUAUCUGUAACACCCAGUCGACGUCUCGCCGCUCCAGUCCGGCUAUCCAGCCACCCCCGCCCGCGGCGAUGCCCGGGCACACGAUUUCGCCGACUCGCCUUGAGAAUCUCCCGCCAGGCUUUGUCCCUACUCACUUCAUGCCACGACCGCACCAUCCAACUGUUCACCGUGUUACCAUGGUCGGUUAGCCUUCGUCAUCGCUCUUCACCAGGACUUUAUACCCCGCAUGCAACAUUGCAACUUCAUCUUUCUGUAUUCUUAAUGUGCUUCAUCCCGAUUUCUGGAUAUCGAACUUUCCUUUACUACUAUCUGUUGUCAGGUUAUCAUGCUUUGCUGCUUCAUUUUAUUCGCCGCAUCUCCUUUUAGACCGCACACGCAUCGACGCCUAUCGCUCACGCAUUUAAUGUUUAUUCGCACUGACGAUCUCUCCACGGUUUGCAUAGCCUACAAGUAAAGUUAGGAUAAUGAAUAAUGACCCGUCC